UCAGAGUAAUACAAAUAUUUUCCUUCUAUAUACUUAUAUGGCUAUUUGCUUCCACUGGGAUGUUUUGCAGCUUUCUUAUUUUUUCUUGGAUCUCCUUGAUUUGGAUGAGGAGGCUGGCAUGAUCCAGAAGUCAACUAACCAAACUGACUAAAAUGAGAAUGCUGAGGAACAAGCUAAUGCUGAGUCAACUAACCAAACUCUUAUGCCAGAUUUCAUGAAGCCAGCUCACGAUCAGUACGUUUACCGCCAUGCCAAUGGCUUGUGUGUGAUUGGGUUGGCUCCUUCCCACAUUGCUUUCAAGGAUGAAGGUGGAAUCACAGCCGUUGAUUUCAAUGUUGGAAAGUCUGAUCGCAGCAGGAUAAAAGUCAUUGGAAAGCAGAAGAAGCCAUUUCCUUGGUUUAGAGUCUCCUAUUUUGUUCUCUGGAGCUGUGGCUACGUCAUUUUUUCUCCUAAACCCUAAUAGUUCACCAUGCUUUG